UAUACACGUACUCUCUUCCAUUAGUUUACUUUAACAGAGAUCAUAGAUUUUUAUAUAUAUAUUGAUGGAUGCUCGUUUGGAUGGAAGAGGCCGACGAGAAGGUAGGAGUUUCGACUUUCGAGGGUAUUAUGUUGUAGGUUGGACUUGGGUGUUUACGUACUAUGCUGCGUGGGCUUGGCUCAUUAGAUGCCGAGUUCGGCUACGUUGUAGGGCUGGCUAUUUGGUCCCGGACUGUUUGGUUUUACCCGAAACCGGACCGUAUAACCCGGAUUGGGACCAGAUAGCAAACAAUGCAAUCUCAUAUUUAGGUUUAGAUUUGAGGUAAAAAAACAAAUAAAGACCAGAUAAGAGGGUCUGUGUAUAUGGGCACAAUACACUUGUAUAGCCAAAUUGCGAAGCCCAAAUCCGGGCUGGCUAUUAGGUACGAUACACUUGUAUAGCCAAAACUUUCACGUUUAUGCCAAUAAUAGCCAAAUUUGGCGAAAUACCACUUAUAGUCAUUUCCAUCCAAUUCUUUAACACUGAUAUCAUAAAGUCUGACUGGACAAACGGAGCAGCUGACGUGGCACGCUCUUAUUUCCAUUUGCGUAUGUAAUUGUCCACGUGGAAAAUUAUUAAUUAAGAAAAAAAUAAUGUACCAAAAAUUAAAAAGCCAGCAUUUGACCCUUCACGAUCUUAUCCUCAUCCUUUUCGAACCACCCACCUCUUCACCUUCCGGAGAUGAUGAAACUGACGGGAUUUUGUGGUCGUCGAUCGAUCUUGAAUCUGCUCUUUGAGCCCCGAUUCCAAUUCCUCGUUGAACCCCUUCAAAUCUUGCAUCUCAAACUAGGUUCCACGCAUCUAUUCUCUACGCAUCUUUACAGAACUAGGUUCGAAGACAACCAUUUCUCUGGGUAACGCGGUGUAUCUACUUCCAGAAAUCGAUGAAAAUGGUGGCAAACAAAUGCAUAGCAGUUGACGUAGAUACUCGGCACAGGGGAGGGAGAAAAGGAAGAUCGUGAGACAAAGUAUUGAUAUUCUUCUGGUAUCCUCCAUUUUUGUUGUCUUCCUGGGUUUCUUAGAGGGUUGCAUCCUCAUAAAUUUCCAGCUCGAUCGAUAUGGCAAUGACUGCUAUAUAUGAGAUAUGAAUCAAUGGUGGGGAAUAACAGAUGCAGCAGGGGCAAGUUAUGCAUUUGUUUGGGACUGGGGAUUUUAGAGCUGAUUAUAUUUUUUGGGGGGAUUUGGAAUAUAAUCGAUAGUGUAAGGAGAUUCAGAGACGACAUUUUCAUCUUUUUAUGUUUUUUAAUUUAAUGUAGUAAUUAAAUAUUAAAUAAUUAAAAUAUCUGACGUGUCACUGUCUGCUUAUUUGGUGCUGACGUAUCCACUGAUUUGGCACCUAGUUAGCAAACCGUCAAAUAAGUUGACAAUGUUAUUAACACCGUUAAAGUGUAUGACGGAAAUGGCUAUAUUUGUCCUCCAACAAUUUUAAAAUCUGGUUAUAAGCGGUAUUUCGUCAAAUUUGGCUAUUAUUAUUGAUACAAACGCGAAAAUUACAAGUGUAUUUUGCCUUCAGACUAUGAAUUGAUAUUAUACCCUAACCUUUAAUGGGUACACUUUAGUCUCUAAUUCUCCAACUCAAAUCACAAAAUAAGAGAUUCAUUUAAUACAAAAAUAAUAACAAAAUAUUAUGAUACAUGGAAACAUAUGAAGGAGAUCCAAUAAGUGUGAACCGUGACGCCGGUGUUUAACAUAUAUACGCAAGGUGCACGCUAUAUUUUCUAUAUAUACAGAGAGUUCUAUUUUGCCUAGGAAAAAUGUAGGGUCUAACGUAGCUUAAGUAAGAAAACUCUAUAUAUACUUUGAACUGACAUGAGUUUGGAAUAUUGACACUGAUAAACUGGUUAGUUAGCCGAUUUGAAAAAAAAAAACACAAACCAAAAUCCAAUAUAUAUAUAUAUAUAUGGGCAGUUCUAGGGUGCUCAGAGCAAAAUCCGGGGUACGGGUAACCGGGAGCAAGGAAAAUUACCAAAAGCAUCACGAAGCGUUUAACCGUUGUUCAUUGGACUUCAACCUAACUGUACCCGGUUUAAUUAUAUCGAUUAAGAGGUUAAACCCUAUGGAUACGACCCGCCGCCCUAACCAAUUUCUAGUCCCUCAUUCGUCUUGGAGGGGACGUCCCCUCUUAGUUCGAAGUUCGAACAUAAUCCUUUUAUCAUCGUUUCUGAAAUCUUAAAUCUCAAAUCCUUUUAUCAUUUGAUCGACAUUCGAUUUAGCUCCCAAUCCAAUAUCAAAUCCCCAACAUCAUCAUGUUUUGAACCCCAAAUCUAUGUAUCCACGUUCGAAGAGAAGAUCCCUUUUCAAUCUAAAAUCCCCACAUAAUCAUCAUUUUGAACCACAAAUCCUUGUAUCCACAAUCGACGUUUUGUUCUUCGCCAUUUUAUUUCCGACCGGAAUCUAAAAUCUCCACAUAAUCAUCGUUUCCUUGUAUCCACAAUCGACGUUUUGUUCUUCGCCAUUUUAUUUCCGACUGGAAUUUACACAAAUUGAAGAUGAAAUAAGCAACACAGUCUUCGACCUAAUUGAGGAAGAAGAUGAAGAAGACAGAAUUUGAUUCGAAUCAGAUGGAGAGGUCGCCUUAACUUGUGUUUAUGUAUUAACUAGGGGUGGUAAUCGGUCGGUUACCGGUUUAACCGGUUACCGACUAGCCGGUUAUCGGUAUACCGUUUCCCCCUAAAGUGCUGCCCGAUACCGAUACCAGAAAGGAACCGAUUAAACCGGUAACCGGAUAACCGGUUAUCGGUUAGAACCCGGUUACACCGCUGUACCGGAUAUAGUCCCCUUCUCCCACUAGUGAAGAAACCCAUCUUCUUCUAGAACCGGCAUCCAAGGAAACAGAGCAUCCUUUCUUCCUCUUUGCAAACCAACGAUACAGAGUAAUAAUAAUUGCUCCUUCCUCCUAGAUCCCAUCUCCUCGUCCUUCUCUCUCUCUCUCUCUCUCUCUCUCUCUCUCUCUCUUCUGCGAACCAGACAAACUUGCCCAAAACUCCUUUCGUUUCCUCUUUGUCGAGACAAACAUAGAGUUCGGCGGCAAGAUACAUAGACGAUGAUUGUAACCCGAUGGUCACCAGCGACGAGAAUGACGAAGGUGAGCUUUUCCUUUUAGGUUGCAUGUUAUAUUUGAUGGUUUGAUUUACUGAUUUAGUUGUUUUAGGGUGCUGAUCUGGUUUCUAUGUUUUGGAUUUCUAUCUCACAUGAGGGAGGAGGGGAAACGCCGGUUUUAUUUGAGCCUCGCCGGCGGCAAGAUGGGAUGUCGCCAACCUCGGUGAGUGGAUUCUAACCAUGGAAAUGGUUGCAUGUGGUUUAUUUGGGGAUUUUUGGUUUGAAUACGUUUCUGAUUUUCUCGUUUUGGUUGUUGGGUUAUCUUUGGGGUUCGAUGGAGGGGAGAAAGAUAGAGAAGCAGUCUCCAGCGACUUGGCCUCGCCGACGGUGGAUAUGCCAAAGCCACCGAUGAGGAACUCAGGGAUUGGCCCAUCUCUCUCGCCCUCGUCCCUCUGUCCUUGCAAAACAGAAGCAGCAAUAGGCGAGGGAUCGGUGACUGGUGCGUGGUGGAAGGAUUACUUGACAGAUGCGUGGUGGAAGGAUCGAGAAGGAGAGAAUCGAAGAUUGAGAGAUGAAAAAAGCUUAGUGAGGCAGGGGAAGAGGAGAACAAAUUGUGUGGGUUUCGGUAACUCGGUAUACCGGAAUACCGACGGUAUUUAACCGGGAAUAUAACGGUAAACCGUUUUCCUAAAACUAGCUACCGCAUACCGGUACCGCCGGUUACCGGUUAUACCGAUAACCGCCGGUUACCGGUUCGGUAAACGGUUAAUCCGAUAACCGUUGUACCGUUUACCAGCCCUAGUAUUAACGGUGCGUUAAGGACAAAGUCUAGUUGGGCUUUUAAAUUCCCUUCAAAAGUGGGCUUGUGUACAUGAUCCGGAUUGUGAAGAGGUUGGGCUUUUAUUUACAUCUGCGUCUGCUUCUGCUUCUAAAUCCUGAUCAUGUCUUGCGUUCACGCAAUUUAAACACAAUUAUGUGUUCCAUCUUUUUUUUGGGAUUCGGUAUAGCGUGUCUAUUUACACAUUUAUCGGUACGAGGUAAAAAACAAUCCGCCCAAUUUAACUCUUUAUUAGUUGCCCCUAUUCCACUCUCUCACUCUUUGCCCCUCUUGACAUAACAAACCUCUUGUAGACUA